CACUACUCCAAGAAAACCGGUGGGUGCCAUACUUUAUUUACUUCGCAUUCUUCUGAUAAAAGUCUUAUUUUAUUUUCCAUGUGUUUUUUAUUCAAUGAAAGCAGAUCUCUCAGAGUAGACAAAUACCUAAUUUAAAUUUUUCAUUUUGAUGUUGGAAACCUUCCUUCCCUGCGCAAAUAUUCUCGUUUAGGAAUUGGCAAUUAGUAGCAUAUUUCAGCCAUCAUGAGUUCCCGAAAAAGAUCAGGCGAAAGUUCAAAAGAGAAUAAAAAAGUAAAAAAGAACUCAUCUGAAUCAGAAUCCGAGUCUAGCAGUGAUGACGAAAUUGAUCAAAUAUGUAUUGAUUUCUCCGGGUUCGAGAUAGCCCCAGAAGAUUUCAGUGGGAUUCAACUGUUAUUGAACCAGUUAUUCUUAAAGAACCACUUGGACUUGAAUGGAUUAACUAAUUUCAUCAUAGAUGGACAACCUGACAUUGGAUUAGUCAUAAAGGAGUCUGAAAUAGAUGAAGCGCCGGGUGGCUCAGAUAAUGCGAACGAAGAUGAUACCGUUUAUGGAUUAGUUACAGCUAUCAGUUUAUCGCAUAAUGAAGAAUUGAAGUUCAUUUCUCAAUUAAGAAAUCUGUUGUUGGAUUUAUCAAAACAGCACGCUACUGAAAAAACUCAUGAUUUCAUCAACACGUUGUUCAAUGAGCCAAAUAAUAAAGUAGGAUUUCUCGUUAACGAACGAUAUUCUAAUUUACCUCCGGCCAUAUCUGUACCAUCGCUAGGUAGACUGAAAUGUGAAUUGGAAAAAAAGAGUUCCGAAGAUGCUAAUUACAAGUUCACUCAUUUUGUAAUUGUUAGUAAACUGUAUAAAGUACCUACCAAGAAGAAGAAACAAAACAGUAAAGAUUUCGAUAUCAUUUGGAGUAACGCCGAAGAUGAAAUUAUUGACAAAGAAGCAGAUGCACGUUUCGAAUACAGUGUAGCUGACGAAAGCGACUCCGCCUUAGCAGGCUCUUGGACUGAAGAUGAUAUCGAAUUGUUACCUUACAGAAGAGUACUUGUAUUUACGGCGUCUAAGUUUGACUAUAUUUUGAAAGAAGCUUCCGAAUUAGCUAAAUAAAGUUUCCUUUGUGUA